AAGCGUCAGAUAAAUGCACGUAAUGUAACAUGCAGUUUGUUUUCGUCACCUCUUCAGGUACUUGAAUUCCGCUGGUCCACUUUUUUGAAACAGAAAUACCAGAAUUUGCAUCCUCCUCCUGAAGUCUAAGCGAACCAUCAUGGAGUGGACAGAAGAGGAAAAAAAAAAUUAUAAUCGUCUAAGGAGGAUUUUUGAUGCGCAUUUGAGAAGAAAUCCACAUGCUACCAACACGCGACUGUUGUCUUUUUUGGCGCUGUUGAAAACGUACCUUCCUGAGUCCUUCCUCCUCAUGUCUGAGUGCCAACAGAUCCUUGGACCACCUGAUCCGAUCUUCGGAGGCCCCCCCUUUGAAAGAAGAAUGGAGCCUUUUAACUUCUUUAUCAAAACAUUGGAUCAAAGAUGUUUGAUUGACCCCGUUUGGGCACAGUGGUCUGUGCAGCUGCUGGCUGACUUUGGGAUUUCCAGGAGUACCACAGUGAAGCAUUUGAUUAUCUCCCUUGGUGGAGAUGAGUCCCAACCGGGCAUGCUCAAAUUCAUCAAAGAUUUACUGACAAAGAGAGAAUUUGGAGCAAAAGGUAAAGAGAUGUUCUCAAGGUUGAUUCAGGAUAUACAGGAUGAAGAGAAUUUCUACAACUCUGUUUCCGUCUUAAAAACUGCAUCAGAUAAAUUGAGACAAAACCCCAUUUACCCCCAAACCCUGUCUCGACUCCAUUAUAUCAGAGGAGGCACCAAUAAGUUUAACCAAGCUGAAAAAUGGGCAAAGACGGCCAUUAAAAGAGCUCCAAAUAACUCUUACGUGGCUGACACUCUCGGGCAGGUGUACAAGAAUCGUCUGAUGAGGGAAGCCAGGACACUGGAGGAGAAAAUACGCAUGGGGAACGAGGCCUUGGAAGCCUUUGAAGAUGUGGAGAAAAAAGCAGAUGGAGAGGAGGGCCAGGAGAUGGUGGAAAUGGCCGGUGCUAUAAGCAUUUCCAAAACCUUCAAUAACCGAGGCCUUUUUGGCUUCAUUCAAGUGGCACAGAUACUCUUACAAAAACUUCCUUCACGGAAAUGCGGGCGUUUCAUCCAUAACUUAAAAAUGAAAGUAAAAGCUAAGUUUGACUUUUUUGAGCGUUACCUAACCUACUCCCAGCCCGACGAGACAUCAACAGAGCCAGAUUUCUUCUGGAAGCACAUUGUACUGUGUUACGAAAGUUACACAACAGAAAAGGCAGCUGAAUCCAAGAGCUUCCCCGGCCUUCUGGAGGCUCUGAACCGCGGCCUUUUCACAUCAAAGGGACGGCGUGCCGGUUUCAUGGAGGCCGAGCGAACAGUGUCGGAUUUGGAGAGAAUCCAAGAUGAUUUGAGGACCGCCUACCAGACCGAUCCUGAAGACGUCCAAGCAGCGGAGAGUUACAUCCUGUCCAACAUCAUCUUGGGCAACGAGAUGCCUGACUCUCCUGAGCUCACCCCAGUGAACGAACUCCAAGCAAUAAUAACCAGAUUGUUGGAGAAAGGGUCUAAAACCCCUGAAUUUUACCUCAUGGCUGUGCUGUUGUUCUGGCCUGAGGAAGAGCCUGAAACGGUGCAAGAUGAGGAUGAUGAAGAAGUGGAGCCACCGGCCACAGAGGAUGAGGAAUCAGAGGACGAACCCCAGGAGUUUGACACCAGCGACGAAGAAGAAGCAACAAGCACAGAGCCAGAACUACAGUCUCUUGGGGUCCUGUCUAACCCCGAGGUGCAACGCUAUGUCACACUCAUGGAGAAUGCGUACAUGACAUCCGAUGCCAAGUAUCAUCGAGGCCGUUUCCUUCUGCCUCUGUUUUUUCUGGGGAAGGGCUCUGGACUGAGUAGGUGGAUCCACAAGUCAAGGUUGGACAAGAUUGUGGAAAACGAGGUGAAUAACGAGCUAGAUGAAAGGGUUGGUGCCGGGGAGAAAUGGAUGGAGCGGUUCAAUAACAAAUGGAUUGACGGGGAUGUGUGGCGAAUCCUGGAAAUCCAAGACAUGCUUCUGCCAAUCCGGGUGGUGCUACCGGACUCUCCACAGGAGCAUGAAGAAGAGGAAGUGCUUGUUUAUGUCCGAGGGAAGAAAAUAAAGGUUAAAACCAAUGCUGAACCAGAUUCAGCGCUGAGCCCGGCGCUUUUCUAUCUUGGCUUCACCAUUCAGGGUCCUGUCGUCUUCAGAGUGGGGACAGUGCACAGUGAUUGAUGACACUUUUGGACUGCACCAAACCUCAUGGCAUCCCUUUCAAUAGUUGCUGAGAUAUUUCUGUGUUGUGGUGGACUGACCGAUAGGGCUGCUACUUAAAAAACAACAACAACUUUGAAUUAGAUAGAAUCAUGAAGGAAAUACUGUAAGAUUUACCCCAAACUAUGUAGUUUUUCUGUCAUUUUUUAAUGUUUUAGUUGAUGGUUGUAUCUUCAAUCUCAUUGCCAAAGAGUUGUUGAUUUAAUUGAUUUGCAUUAAUGAAUUCUGUGGGUGGUGGAUGGGUGUAUGAAACAUUUUCUUUCCAAAUUGGAGUUACAUUUGGUCAAUUUAAUUAACUGUGAUUGAACAUACUUUAAGGGUAUAUUAACUAGGAGAAAAAUCUGAUAUUGUUAUAAAAGUUAUAUAAAAAUAAAAAUAAUAACACAUUUCUGACUUUUUUCCCCCUGAUCAUCUUUUUUGUACUAAUUUUGAAUAUAAAUACAAUCCAAGAUACAUUACAUUUUCCUCAGGAGUUGUUGGUUGUUUUAAAAUGUAUUAUGCGUGUGUAUUCUAACA